AAUGGCGGCAUUCAGUACGCACCCCUGCUAAAGGCUCUCCCGGCUCCGGGGCCACCUCGCGCAGCGCUGCUUUUGCUUCUGCCUCUAACAGAUGGCAUGUGCCGCUGUCGCUGCUGCUGCCCCCGCCACUGCCGCGGAUAGCAGGACCCCUUAGCCCCUGGGUUUGCGCUCGCAGCAGAAGGUUUCUGAAAAGUGCCUUUUCUGAACGCUGCUGCUUCGAUUCCCCUCUAGAGCUGUUUGCUUAUAAACCCCUCUCCCUCCCCAGCCCCCAAACUUGGUUUGCUCGUAGUUCAGUCUCAACAACUUGUCCAUUCUCUUUUCCCUUUGAUUCCCAGUUUCCCUAGUCAUUUUCCCUCCUCCUGACUUCGCGGCACGUUUUAUUUUUUCAGUUGUCCCAUCCUUACCAAUCUUAAUCAUUAGAUCCAAGGAAUAGGGAGAAAAACAUUUCUCCCCUUGAUCUGAAACCAUUCCACAAAUUGAAGGGCAACCAGCAGUGUACGCUUUUUGCAAGAAUAAUUGAAAACAUCAGCUAAAGAGCACAGAAUUCUUUUGAAAGCCUGCCAGUUAUUAUUGGAAGUAACUUUGGCAGAGGAACAAAUUAAACACUCAAUAUCUUAACCUUUCUGGUUGCCUUCUUAGGAGUUGGUCUCCCGUUUAAUUUUUAGCUGUUCUGAUACAAUUUUUAUUUUGCGAUUGGCUUUUUGUUUGAUCAGACCAAAUUUUGGCUGGGACGAAAACCUAAGUGCUAACAAAGAAGCAUUUCAGCAAAGCAACCUCAUCGCUUCGCAUCUAGCUUGAAUUCACUUUUAACCUUUUAACAGCACUGAAACUGUCCUAAAGAGGGUGCACUUGAUUCUAACUUCGCUUUCAAUAUGACGGCGGUCAAUGUCACCCUGGUUCGAGACACCCAGUGGCUGACUUUAGAAGUCUGCAGAGAAUUUCAGAGAGGAACCUGCUCUCGAGCCGAUGCAGACUGCAAGUUCGCCCAUCCGCCGAGAGUCUGCCAUGUGGAAAAUGGUCGAGUGGUGGCGUGUUUUGAUUCCUUAAAGGGUCGCUGUGCCAGAGAGAACUGCAAGUACCUUCACCCUCCUCCACACUUAAAAACUCAGCUGGAAAUUAAUGGACGCAACAAUCUGAUCCAACAAAAGACCGCCGCGGCCAUGUUCGCCCAGCAAAUGCAGUUUAUGCUCCAGAAUGCUCACAUGUCAUCACUUACUUCUUUUCCUAUGAAUCCAUCACUUGCGGCUAAUCCUGGAAUGGCUUUCAAUCCUUACUUACCUCAUCCUGGGAUGGGCCUGGUUCCUGCUGAGCUCAUACCGAAUGCCCCCAUUCUGAUUUCUGGAAACCCGCCUCUCGCAUUGCCCGCAGCUGCUGGUCCCAAACUGAUGCGUUCGGAUAAACUGGAGGUUUGCCGAGAAUUCCAGCGUGGAAAUUGUACCCGUGGUGAGAACGAUUGUCGCUAUGCUCACCCUACGGAUGUUUCCAUGAUUGAGGCAAGUGAUAAUACCGUGACAAUCUGCAUGGAUUACAUCAAGGGACGAUGCACCCGGGAGAAGUGCAGGUACUUUCAUCCUCCUGCACACCUGCAAGCCAAACUCAGGGCAGCUCAUCACCAGAUGAACCACUCAGCUGCCUCUGCUAUGGCCCUCCAGCCUGGUAUGCUUCAACUGAUUCCAAAGAGAUCGGCACUUGAAAAGACCAAUGGUGCCACUCCGGUCUUUAACCCCAGUGUUUUCCACUGCCAGCAGGCUCUGGCUAACCUGCAGCUCCCGCAGCCGGCAUUUAUCCCUGCAGGGCCAAUACUGUGCAUGGCACCUGCUUCAAGUGUUGUGCCCAUGAUGCACGGCGCGCCUCCUACCACUGUGUCUGCGGCAACAACACCUGCCACCAACCUUCCGUUCGCUGCGGCGGCUACAGGCAAUCAGUUGAAAUUCUGAACAACAGAGUUACGGAGUAUCAAGAUCUCUCCAUGAGAACCUCCAUAUGGCCUUUCCAUGUAUAUUCUCGUAGGUCCUCUUCUACCAAUGCAACAAUAAGUGUGGUGCGGUCAAUAUAUUAAACAAAACGCAUAGACCAACCAACAGAUUCAAUUGACAAAACCAGUAAAGCGUUAAACAGUCAGUGGAGAUGUUAAAACAGCAUAGAAAAAUGAGUAACUACCAUUUAUCUUAUUUGAAUUAGUAGGUAGAACGUGACCGUAAAGUUUUGUAGUCUGUUGCAUUAUUCUUUGUGAUUUUCCAAUAACCAUUAUGCUGAGUGAAUCUCCACAGUGGGUAAAUGUUCGUCUGUUUUGAAGUGUUACCUUACUGUUUUGUUUACACAGUAGUCUAUUGGGUUGAUUUAGAAUGUAACAAAGGUAUCCAGUACCAUUUUCCUCACUGUUGUAUUGUAUUGUAUUGUGGUGUGUUGUGUUAGAUUUUUACAUACUAUAGUGUUUUCCUCUAGGUGUUUGGUGUUUGAUUUCAACUAAAAUAUUACUAACGGGAAACAGAAAUAUGUGCGUUUGAAAAACAUAACAGAUUAAUGUUAAUAUGCUUUCUCUCUCUUCAGAACAUUUCUGUAAGUUUCUUGAGGCAGACAUUCAUUACAAACAUGCAUGUGUAUAAUUUGUACCUGCCGAUCUGACCUUGCAUAAUACAAUCACAUGACUAGGGUUUUUGGAGGGAGAGAGAAAUAAUUAUCUGCAGAAAAAAAAAAAAACAGGGAACUUCUGAAAAUAUGAACCCCUAAUGUCACUCCUCAAAAAGCUUACAGAAUUACAGUUCACCCUUAAAGGAAUUUCUCAGCAUUUAUGUGAAGUGCCCAUUACGUUUCUUGUGGUUCAAGGAUCCUAUCUCCUAGGUUAAGCAUCUAAAGCUGAACUAUUUGUCAAUUUCAGCUGAAUAUUGGUAUUUGGAGCUUUAAAAGUAUGCUUGAUUGUAGGUUAUAAAUUAAACAGGAAGGUGAGGGCGUGGAGAUAGUUUUCACAUUUUAGAGGAAAGUGCUGGAAAACCAUUGCAACGUGACCUUUUAUACAAGUGCCAUUCUCUGGCUGAAAAUGGUGCAUUCUCUUUAGACUACUCUGAAUAAUAGGCAAUCUUGCAAAAGUCAGGGUGAAAGGGAAUUGGUUCCAAGUGAGGCCUUUCCUUCCCAAAUGGAUAGCCUUCCCCGCUGAUCACAGCUGGAGCGUGAAUAUAGGUCUGGAGAAACAGUGGGGGUGAGGAGGAGGGUAGGAAGGCAUUUCAAGUGAGUCUUUGGUUUACUCACAACUGCUAGAAAGGCCGUCCACAGUUGACUUUAGCUUCUGUUCACACGAAUUUCCAGUUCUGUUGAACACUUCAACGAGGGAACCAGCCUCUGUGUCAAGUUGCCUUUCCCAGACUUUAUUGACAACAGAGCCAUACCGUAACCAAGCCUUUUUUUGUUUCUUCAUUUAGAUUUGUUUGUUUUUAUAUGUAUUUGAAAACUGUAAUAGAGAGGUUCUCAGCACCCUUUGGUUGAGACAGACCAGCUGUGCUCCAUGGAGUUGAGCUGAAUUCACAUUACUAAUCCUCCUGAAAUAAUUGUGUGACCAAGUAAAAUGGUUCCCUAAGAUACUUCACAUCAACCUAGGUUUAAUAUUUUCUACUAAAUACAUAUUCUUUCACUAGAAAGCAUACAGUCAGCAAAUUUAAUACAUAUAGCGGGUUUGUUUUCCUUCGUGAAAAUGACAAGCCAAGAGAAAAUUGGAUUUAGGAUUCCUUAAGCUGGCUAACAGCAUUUGAAUCACAGAACAACGGAGUUGGCACAACCUUCUCAAGAGGGAUGAAACUAGGGCCCGGGGCACAUGACCUGCCCAUGGCUACCUACCUAAUCGGUGGCAGUGAGACCCAGAAAAAUCUCCCAACUUUUGGUUGUUCCUCUGUUUCGUGCUGUUGGUGCUUCAGAACAUUUGAAACUCUAAUCCUAAAGCAGAUCCAUUCUGCUCAGAAUACAAAUGAGCAAAAUUAGCUGCACGUAGCUGAUAACCUGUUGUUCCUGAUGCUCCAUCCCGAAUCACGGUCAUCAGUCAUUUCUAAAUGGUCUUGCUUGUGUCAAGACACUGUUGUCUGUUAACAGUAUUGCCUGGCUUUAGAGAACCAGAGGGGUCCAGACUUUGACCUGUUGAUUCUUUGAACCACUUCAUUUCUGUUUCCCAAAAUCUUAACCUUGUGAAAUAACUUGUGUAUAGAUCCUGUGCCAGUGCCUCUCCAGAAAGGCAGAGCUAAUCCCACAAACCCAGGAAGGAAGCACCCAAGCUAGUCUGGGCUUCUUCCUUAAGGGAGAUAGAGAUGUCUUCAGUGUGAAACGAACUCUUUUGUGUAGUUUUGAUGUUUUGAUACAAUGUACUGUCUCACUUAACCCUUUAAACUUCUGUCGAAGAUGUAAGUAGACCAGAAGUGUAGUGUACUGUGGUUUUUAUGAUGCUGUGAGCGCUGGAAGACAUCAGUGAUGACUUAUUUUUCAGUAAGAGUUCAGUGAAGGAUAUUCAGGUAGUUGGAGUUUGGGGUGCCACAAUAUUUGAAAGAGUUGGCAUUGUAAAAGUUAACUUUGUAAGUGAAUUUAAAGAAAGAAGAUUCAAGGCUCUAAAGUUUUGAUCAGAUGCAAAAGAACGUUGACAAAAAUGUAAUUGUAAGAUAGCACUCUUUAAACUAGUUGUGCAAUGAUAGCACUCUUUAAACUAGUUGUGCAAUGACUUAAUGCAGAUUCUCUUUAUUCAAGAAAAGAAACAAAGAAACGAGAGUCAUUAGACUAUAAAUUUCCAGUUAAAAAGUCAAGUCACAAAACUAAUCAGUGACUCUAAACAAUAAUUUACUGGAUGAAUUGUAUAUAUAAAAUUCUAACCACUUGUGAUUCUUAGUUGACAUUUUAUAAGCUUUGUAUUGUACAAGGGCCUCUUAUUUAUCCACAAUUAUUGUUUUUGUCUGUUUCUCUCAGCCUUUUGCAAAAAUAGGCAAGAGUACUGAAACUUGGAUAAAACAGGUCAGGUAUACAGAGAAAACAAUCUAAUCUAAAAGUUAUCUGUUAAGAAGUUUUUAGUAGUUCAAAAAAAUUUUUGAAGGCACUAUGUGAACAGAAGUAUAUUUUAAAGAGGGAUUAAGAUGAAAUUAAAACCAAAUGGAUUCAUAAAAUUGCUAUUUAAAUACAGUAUUUACUUUUGCAAUUGGAGCAUGAAUCUCUAACCAACUGUUGCAUUUCAUCUCACUUGUCUAGACUAGAGUCUAAUUUGUAGUUCAUUGUCAAGUGAAAAGCCAUCUUCUCCCUCCUCCAUCAACCUUUGCCAUCCGUUUUUGAACAUGCGAAAGCACUUUGAUCUUGCCAUUAAGUGUUGUCCUGUACCACGGGGCUGUGUUCACUAAGGUUCCAACUUACUUUAGUCUGUAGGGUAGGCUGUGAUGCACAGUGUGAUUAGAAACUGGAAUCCUCUUUCUUUUUGUCCUUUCUCCAUUUCUACACAUAUUGAAAUAGAAGUAGAAAAAUAGGCUCUCUCCCAGUUGUGUUGACUAGAUGUAGGAAGAUAGUGACCUCAUUGUUAAUUUUACCAGUGCCUGUCGAAGGCACCAGAAGAAUAGUAUCUAAAAGAGUAUCACAAAUUUGUUUGCAAACUUAGUUGAUAGCAUCCUCAAACUGUAGAUAAUGAUUGCAAAGAUAGGUUCUGAGCACCAAGUCACUAACUGGUGCCAGGUUUUCAUUUUUCUUUUGAGUUUUUAAGGUUUUUAUUAGACUACAUUUUUAUAUCUCUAAGUCACUAACAAAUUUAACGUUGCAGGAGAGUUAGAGAGGAGUGUAAGAUUUACUACAUGUACUCAACCCAUCUAGAUAGCUUCCAAACUGACACCGAAACAUGACAAAAUGUAGAUUAUAGUCCGUAACUAUUCUUUACAGUUCAGAACAAACUUAACUUUAUAUACAAAUCAUAAUUUUUAACUAAUUAUAUUUAGUUGUUGCAUUAGCAACAAAACUACAACAUGGCUACCUUUAGACACGUGGUUUUUGUGAUAAUUUUACUUGUUAACUAUACAUGGUUUUUGACAGUAUGAGCAUGUAGAAGGUACAGCUCAAAACUCAGAGAACAGAUCUGGCUAACUUUGUCUUUAAUCCCACCUUGCCACGCAAAAGCUGCAUUUGUGUCCUUGUUUGACUUUCUCAUCAAAAAGUUUACAACACAUGGAUUCUAGAGUCAGGCUUUAUAGCGAAUAGAAUUUGUUGUGUGGAUAGGGUUAUUCCACAGUAUUUCAACUUCAAAACGUGAUCAUUGCACUUCUAAUCUAUUACCUGACCUUUUUUCAUAACGUUACUUACUCUGAAUCUGAAUUAUUCUAGGCAGGAGGCAUAGCUGUCCCUACAAAAAUUCUCUUUUCUGGAAUUACAUACCCACCCCAACACAUCCAGAUGAGGGUUAGAGAAAGAUGGAUGUGUAUUUUGAAAUGAAUUCAUUCAUAUUUGUAAAACCUUGUGUAAAAAUACUGUGGAAUGACCCCUUAACAGUGUUUGAGAGACAUAUGCUGCAGUUAACUGAUGGUCUCAGUUAGGGUGCGACUGUGUGAGACACACCUUUUUUGCACUUAUGUACAUAGUCCAUGAACGCUAUGCUUGGAGCUUUUGUUUUUUAAAUAUAAGAGAUCUGUGAUAAUAGCGAAAAAGUUAGUAAGAUAGUUAUUUCUAAGGCCUUGAGAAGGAGGGGGGGUUUGCUAGAAGACUUAGCUAAAGCACGAUGUUGCUUUGCUGUUGAGGAGGCUUUCUGGUUUGCUACGGUUCACCAAUAGAAAAGACUUGUAACAGGUUAGGGUCACCUUCAGCUAGCUAACAGCACUGACCAAGAACGAAGAUCCCUCAUGUUUUUUGCAAAACCAGUAGGAAAGAUUGUUGACUUUUUAGAUUAAUCUCCACUGUAAACAUACACACACACACACACCCCAGGCAGGUUUCUGAAAGGUUUUCUUUUUUCAAUGGUUGCAAUUACCUUCUCAUUUUGAUCAACUUAGAUUUCAUGUUUCACGGAAAAGUACCAAUUGAGAGGUAUUCCUUACAUCAGUUAAUAUCCACUUAAGUGACCAUUAAAAGUGUUAAUGUUCAUCACUACUUCUUUAAAACGCAGAUCCCAAAACCCAACUGGCAACCAUUGAAAGACUUAAUUUCACAGUUGCGUAUGGCCAGCUCAGGGCAUUUCAUUCCCUCCAACAGAAGAAGAAAGAAAUGCUCCUGGCUCAACUUUAUAAAUGUUUUUACUUACCUUAUACCUGUUCAGUGGAAGCUGUCCUCUGACUUGCCUUUACCGGAUUAGAAAGUGCUUCACGGUGCCAUACAGCCUCCUACUGUUUUAACUAAACAUAAGAGAACCAGCCCAGAUCUCACAUAUUUAGGAGUUGGAAAAGGAUGUUUCAAUCAGACCAUUUCUGUCAAUUUCAGCUCCCUGAUCACCUACCAUUCCCCCAUCUAACUUUUUGUUGCCUCCAGGCAAUGAGGUCAGAAAGGUAUGAGGAUAGGUCACAGGAGGAAGUGAGAAGGAACAUAGGUUCCUUCCUUGGAGAAGGAACCCACCCUGGGAACAGGGGAGCUGGUAUCAGUAUCGCUACCCAUCUUGCUGGUUCUCCCUUACAGAGAGAGGAAAACGAGCCAAAGCCAGAAAGCAGUCCAAGCCUUACAGUUGUCCAAUAGCUCAGGGUCAGUUGGUUAGAAAUUUCUGUCUUUUUUUUCCCCCCUUCAGCCCUUAAUCACUCAAGAGUCAGCUCUGCAACUAACAGCCUGACCAUCUGACCAGCAUCUGCGCUGGUCCACUUGUAAGCAUUCACACAUUCUAUAGUUAGGGACUCCCAACUUCCACCUCACCACCAGCAUAUUUUCCCUACUUACCCUGUGUUCUUGUUUUGAUAGUCCUCUGUGAACCUAUAAGCCACAACAAUAUAUUUUCAUAAAGCCAAGAGAAAUAUACAAUUUUAAGUGAAGAAUCAUCUAUAAUAUAGUAAGUAUGAACCUAAAAGCAUCACAAAGGAGAACCAAUUAAUUGAUGACACAUUAUCCAUGCUGACCACCAUUGGGUCACACUCUUUGGAGCUGAAACACAGGGGCUGUGUUUCGGUGAGUCAGAUUAGAGAAGGAAACAUAACAAAAGAUGAGAUGACUUGAGACCCAAAAAGGAUCUCUGCUAGUAAACCCAGGAAAGGGCUUCACUGGACUAGUCCAUACAGUUUCCAGCCCCUCCACUUGCCUCUGCCUAGGAAAGAACUACCCAGUAAUACUCCAAAGCAGCCUGAUUCCACAGAAAUUUUAUCUUUAAAUAGAACCCAUCCUCAAUAACAGUAGACCAAAAAGAAAAAAAAUGUACCACUUUAAGUCCCAACUAUUUGAAGUUAUUGCAAAAAUUCUCACUAGUCACCUUCUACAUCAUAAUCCUUUAAUUUCUUUCUUAAAGUACCUCUGUAACAAGACCUAAAAGUAACCCCACUUUAGGCCAUGCUUUUUCUCCCAAAACACACAACCUACAGAUUUAUCUGUCAUAGAACUGCAUGGUUGCAAAGCUUUAUUUCUGUAUACGGAUGCUGUCUGUUCGUGAUGGAAACCAAAUUACUCUGUGUUGCUGUCUUUUGUGUCUAGCAGUUGAGAGAAUGAGACGACCAUCCUAUUGUUGGGUUCUGGGGUUGCCCUUUUCAAAAUAAAUUUCCUUUUAUUAUUGUUGUUGCUGCUUCAGUUAUUAGCAAAUGAACCAUUUGUUAUCAUACCCCCAAAUUACAAUCAUUUAAAUUUUCAUAAAAGAUGUUUCCCAAUGUAUUCUUUUUUUUUUUUUAAGGGCUAACAUUGUGCAUUUAUGUAACAACAAUCCAGUACAAUGUAGAAAAUGGAGCACAAAUUUGGGACAAAAGAAUGUCAAUUUAAAAAUACCUGUAGGUAGGACAAUUAUUAGCCAUGUGCAACAAUUAUGGAUUUAAAUAAUGACCACUAUAUUUUACAGAUGAAAACUCUUCCCAACAUAUUUUGCCUCCAAAAUGCCAUAGUUCAUUCCCUCAACUGCUGUCAAUAGGGUAGAUGCUUUGAUUUUUUUUUUCCAUCCACCACCCCCAAGUUAUAGUGCUGUACUGCUCAUUUGUGUUUAGAAGUGUGCAUUAUGCAAAUCAUUUUAGUAUGCUACUUGUGUUGUUUAUUUUUUGGUUCUUUUAAUAAAAUGCAUAAAUUUCA